AUUUUAAUAUCAAUAAUAAUAUUUAUUUAAAUAAAUUAAAGAAAAAGAGAUAAUGGAGGAAGAUAAAAUAGUUUAUGGUGGAAUAGAAGCUGGUGGCACAGGUUUUGGAUUAGCAAUUGCAGUUGGUAAACCAUCAAAUAUUGUUGAUAAAAUAUCUAUACCAACAACAAGUGUCGAAGAAACAAAAGAAAAAGUUUUAGAGUGGUUUAAAUCAAAAGGUGAAAUUAACUCUUUAGGUUUAGCAUCAUUUGGACCAAUCGAUUUAGAUGAAACCAGUCCAACCUAUGGUUAUAUUACAACCACACCAAAACCAAAUUGGGGUAAUACCGAUAUUUUAGGAUGGUUCAAAGAUUUUAAAUGUCCAAAAGGUUUUGAUACAGAUGUUAAUGGCGCUGCAAUUAGUGAAACUUUUCAUAAUCUCCACAAAAGAGGUUCCGUCUCAUCGUGUGUAUAUAUAACUGUUGGAACUGGUGUUGGUGUUGGUGUAGUUGUAAAUGGUAAACCAAUUCAUGGUUUAGUACACCCAGAAGGUGGUCAUACAUUUGCAAGAAUUUUAAAUGAUGAUAAAUUUGAGGGUACUUGCCCAUUCCAUAAAAAUUGCAUUGAAGGUUUAGUUAGCACAGGUGCCAUUUCAAAGAGAUUAGGAAUUACAGCAGAUAAACUUUCACAAAUACCAGAUGAUGAUCCAGUAUGGAGAACUAUUGGUCACUACUUGGGCCAAUUAUGUGCAAACAUUACAUGUUUUAUCUCUCCAGAAGUUAUUGUAUUGGGUGGUGGUGUUUUAAAUCGUUCAAUUCUUUAUGAAAUCGUUAGAGAAGAAACUAUCAAAAUUUUAAACAGUUACAUUAAAACCAAAUAUUUAACACCAGAACACAUCAAUCAAUAUAUUGUUCAAUCACCAUUUGGAAGUAAUGCUGGUUUAGUAGGUUCAUUAGAAUUAGCAAGAAGAGCUUUAAUUGACUCAAAACAAUAA